GCGGGGUAAAGAGCGGCCGCCAGCAGGGCCGGCGGGUCACUCGGAGGCCCGGCGGCGGGCGGCAGGACGCGCUCGCAGGGUUGCGCGGCGGCGGCGGGCGCACCAUGCCCUCCUUCGACGAGGCGCUGCAGCGGGCCGGCGAGUUCGGGCGCUUCCAGCGGCGCGUGUUCCUGCUGCUGUGCCUGACCGGCGUCACCUUCGCCUUCCUCUUCGUCGGCGUGGUCUUCCUGGGCAGCCAGCCCGACCACUACUGGUGCCGCGGGCCGAGCGCCGCCGCGCUGGCCGAGCGCUGCGGCUGGAGCCCCGAGGAGGAGUGGAACCGCACGGCGCCCGCGCCCCCCGAGCGCCGCGGCGACGGCAGCUGCCAGCGCUACCUCCUGGAGGCCGCCAACGCCAGCGCCGCCGCGGGCGCGCUCAGCUGCGCAGACCCGCUCGCCGCCUUCCCCAACCGCUCGGCGCCCCUCGUGCCCUGCCGCGGCGGCUGGCGCUACGCACAGGCCCACUCCACCAUCAUCAGCGAGUUUGACCUUGUCUGUGUCAAUGCGUGGAUGUUGGACUUCACCCAGGCCAUCUUAAACCUUGGCUUCCUGGCUGGGGCAUUCACCUUAGGCUAUGCAGCAGACAGGUAUGGCAGGAUCGUCAUUUACUUAAUAUCCUGCUUUGGUGUUGGUGUCACCGGUGUGGUGGUAGCAUUUGCACCAAAUUUCCCUGUGUUUGUGAUCUUCCGCUUCCUGCAAGGUGUAUUUGGAAAGGGGACAUGGAUGACUUCCUACGUGAUCGUGACAGAAAUAGUAGGUUCAAAACAAAGGAGGAUUGUGGGAAUAGUGAUUCAAAUGUUCUUCACCCUUGGAAUCAUAAUUCUCCCUGGAAUUGCCUACUUUAUCCCCAAUUGGCAAGGGAUCCAGCUAGCCAUUACGCUGCCCAACUUUCUCUUCCUCCUUUAUUACUGGGUGGUCCCUGAAUCUCCCCGCUGGCUGAUCACUCGGAAAGAAGGAGACAAAGCAUUAAAAAUCCUGAGGAACAUUGCUAAAUGCAAUGGGAAGUAUCUCUCACCAAAUUACUCAGAGAUCACCGUUACUGACGAGGAAGUUAGUAACCCAUCCUUUCUCGAUCUGGUGAGAACUCCCCAGAUGAGGAAAUGCACACUCAUACUUAUGUUUGCUUGGUUCACCAGUGCAGUGGUGUAUCAAGGACUGGUCAUGCGCCUGGGAAUCGUCGGCGGCAACCUCUACGUGGACUUCUUCAUCUCGGGAGUGGCAGAACUGCCUGCGGCGCUCUUGAUCUUACUGACCAUCGAGCGCUUCGGACGGCGCCUCCCCUUCGCCGCCAGCAAUAUCGUGGCGGGGGUGGCCUGCCUUGUCACCGCGUUCCUACCAGAAGGGACAGCAUGGUUGAGGACCACCGUGGCCACCCUGGGACGACUAGGGAUAACCAUGGCCUUUGAAAUUGUUUAUUUGGUAAAUUCAGAACUGUACCCAACGACACUACGCAACUUUGGAGUUUCGCUCUGUUCGGGUUUGUGUGAUUUUGGGGGAAUCAUAGCCCCAUUUCUGCUCUUCCGACUGGCAGCCGUGUGGCUGGAGCUGCCUCUGAUCAUCUUCGGUGUCCUGGCGUCAGUCUGUGGUGGCCUCGUGAUGCUUUUGCCUGAAACCAAGGGCGUCGCCUUGCCAGAGACAGUGGACGAUGUGGAGAGACUUGGCAGUUCACAGGAAAAAGAAAACCCAGGUUUCCAGCGCUCACCUUUGAGGCCCUGCAAAGCCUACAGGAAGGAGCUGUCAGAAGACGACCCUUCUUAAGAUGCUGAGCCUCCAGAGUUGCGCCUGCCAUGUUCAGCUCCCUGGUGCGGCAUGAUCCGGUGUGUUUAAUGCCAUAUGAAUAAGUUCAAACCAUCCGGAGUAUUUUUAUAUGAUGUUGUGUAAGUUACAGUUUAUCAUGUUAUCAGAGUUUCUGGGAACAUAUAUGGCCCAUUUAGCCAAGAGCCUGCUAGGUGCACAGUCCUUCCUGGUUUUUUCUGGGGUUGGAACAGUGGUCUCUGACUCCUACUGUUGAAGAGAAACAAGAGAAGCCUCCACCACGGAUUCUUGUAAUAGCUCCAUCAAAAAUGCAGGAUGAGCUGACAUGGAGGUGCAUGUCUGCGAUCCCAACAACUUGGGAGACCCAGGCAGGAGGAUCACAAGUUCAAGACCAACCUCAGCAACUUAGUGAGAUCCUGUCUCAAAAUAAAAUUUAAAAACAGGACUGGGGAUGUAGCUCAGAGGUAAGGCACCCUUGGAUAAAAUCCCUAGUAACAUGCACAAAAUGCAGUCCAUGCAAACCAAGGAUCUAGGAAAGAUGUAUAGAAAUGUGUUCAUCAAAUCCCAUGAAGGGACAGCACUGAACUGAGUGUUCUGAAGAGCAGGGAGGAGGAAGAUGUGGGAAUCGUCUUAACAAGGAGACUGAACUGGGGACGUGGGCCACACAUGGUGCUCAGCCUGCGCUUACUCUGCUCACUUAAGUUCUGGAAGCCUUCCCAGCCUGGACAGGUCAGCUGUCCCUCUGUCCACUUCCUCUGCAGCAUCUGGGGUUCCAGGCAGAGUUAGGCCUCAUUCCAUAAAUAAGAAAAGAUCCUCUGGACUAUUCAGGGUUUGGGCUUUAUUAUUUAUAAAACCAGGUUUGGGGCCUGAGACUAUUCAGGAUAUUUUUGGUUCUCCUUUAAUGGAACCUUCAGCCACAGUUUUGUUCUUUACUCAACAAACCCCAUGGAUUAUGAGUCCCUGGGUCUUAGGGUUCUAGAAGUGAAGAGAUGUUUAUGUUGUACUUGUGGGUUUAGUUGCGACAGUGCUGUGGUAGAGUGGAACCCACAGACGGUUCUCCUGUAAUCUUGGCACUCUGUGCUUGUCCUGGGGAAAGCUUAUGUUUUCAUUUAAAGGAAAGAUCAACUGUAUCCAGGCUUAAAAGAAUUAGCAGCAGCUGUAUAAAUGACUUUAUGUAUACUAAUAGUGGAUUUGAACUUUCUUUUCUGUUAUCAAGACUUUUGAAACAGGGAACUUAAAAAGAAAUAUAGUGUUCUUCUUUGUGUGUUACAUUUGUUAUACUUUCAGAUUCAGUAUAUCUCAUAUGCCAAUUUUUUUUAAUGAGUAACUUUGUGUGCACAGGUAUAAUGGGUACCAGAGGGAAACCUUGCCAAUGAAGAAGAACAUUUCUCUGUGUGGAACAUACACACAUGUGAUAGUACCUAAGAUGUGUGUGCUGAUUAUAGAAUAAACUUAAUCCUUAAAGCACAAUCAGAAUUGAAUAUGAAUGCUCAUACUCUGCCCAGGGAGUAAGCACAGCCUUAUGAGAAUUUAAUAAUGCAUUCACCCUGUGUUCCCAACAUUCGCUUUUACUUUUCUUUGGCGUUUCUUUGCUGUAAGAUGGCUGUUGCUCUUCGAUACCUGUCACCUUCUAGUCAUAUCUCGAGGUGAUAUUUUUGUUUGGCAACAAUAAAAAAUUUUUAAUGGUUUCAAAAAUCCAUCCUUUCUCUUCCUCCUGAACAUGUCACUGUGAAACACUGAAAGCAUAAAAAUCAUGUGCUUCAUACUGUUUCUGAACCAUGCUAAUCAGAGAUAGAAAACAAGCCGUCCACCAACACAGGUUUGUUGUUCCUUUUAAGCCCUUGACACCAUCCCUACACUCAGAUGUGACCCAGAAUAACAUGGAGACUCUUGACUGGUCUUGUAUUACACUUCCAUUGCCCGGUUCACACCAUGAUAUACAACUCUCUGCGUCCCCUGGGCUGGGCUGAAGUCAAAUCAUCAAUAAUGGAAUUCAUUCCCAAAGAUAGAACAUGAUCUCCUGAUUCCCCAUCCAUGGGCAGCUGUGAGAACAUUAGCCCAGUACGGGAAGGAGAGACGUUGAAGAUAGUGUCAGACCAUCUUCAGUCCAUGAGGUCAAUGCCUGAGGGACGUCCUAAGACUUUUUGGCUCCCUUCUCUCUGAUCUUACAGGCUUCUUACUCCUGUCAGCAACUGUUGCUUAGGAAAACAAGCUAACAAUGUAGUUUGUUCAUUUGAAAUUGGUAAGACAAAUGGAGAACGUGAAAAUAUUUCCCCCCCACAAUAAAAUCAACUCAAAACAAAGUAAGUACAGAGUUUAUUUUCAACAAAUGGCAUGGCCGUGUUGCCUUAUUAUGACAGAAUCCAGUAGUCCAUGAAAAAUGUAUCCACAAUAGUACAAAAAGAUCUGAGGGUCGGCAGUGGCUGUCGCCGAGUUCAGCGGCUCGGUGUGAUUACUGUCGAUUACUUCUGAGCGCUCUGAAUUCUUUACCCACACGUUCCAGCAUCUAGGUAAGUGGCUGCUUCAUGCUAUCUCCCAUUCAAUUAAAAGCUCCUCAUAAUUCCUUCCAUCCAAGUCACGAACCUUGAGACACGAACGUAGACGCCUGGCUUAUUGGGGCGAGCGCACCCAAGGCCCCAAGAGGUGACUCCUUGCAAAAUGUAUUUGUCCUUCUCGAAGCAAACCAGAGGCCCUCCGCUGUCCCCCUGGAUGGAGGGAGGGGAAAGUCCAUAUGAAGGUUAAACCGCCCUUCUUUUUUUGUGGGAUGUCACCCUUCUGCCAUCAGUAUGUAAGUUUUCCCAAGAUUCAAAAUCAGGAAGAAAGAAUCCUUUGACGACGUGCAGUAUCUAAGCACUUAGCGAAGCAUGUUCAGCAAAACCACACUGUUGUGUUUUCCCUGGGAAACAAGCCCUGGGAAUGCUGCUGCCUCCUCCUCUGCCUGAGGCCCAGCGGGGCUGAGCACAGUGGCAAAGCGUUGGCCUAGUCUCUGGCCUGGACCCUCCGCCCCCUUCCCUUCCCCUAACUCACAUCCACCAGCAUAGCUCAAGGAGACCUGUGGCCUGUGGAAGCGGCAGUACUGAACAUACACCUGCCUGCCCAUCUGGAACUCAAGGCCAGAGGAAUCACCCGGAUGUUCUGCAUAGGCAUUCAAGGCCUGAGCAGAGGUUUCUCCACAAUACUGAGACUGGGCCUUGGUUGCAAGUCCUUCUUGACUUUGCCACUUUGGGACUGAAAUGUCUAAGGGGCUGAGACAGGCCUGCCCAAGACCAACAUGGGUCUCUUUAGUCUUUUCUUACCUGGCAGCUAUCGGUGCCACCGGCCAAAUGCCCAGCACACAGCUCCGUUGGUUUGACUCUGCCGUUCAGAUACUCGUAGCGAUUGCACACCUUAUUCUCGAUCACGGGGAGCUGGGCCUCCUUGAGAAGACCGGCACCAAAGGUCCCUGCAUUUAAAGAGUAAGGAAACGGUGGCAGGGCCCAGCACACAUCCACAGGGAGACUUCAGGCCAGCGGAGCAACCCUGACGAGUCUCUGUCUGUCUGCUCACAAGGUGAGCAGCCCUAAUGCGGCCCAAGCACCAUGGUCCUGCGAAGGGUGGACUUUCUACGUGACGUUGUGUCCCCGAGUCCUGCCUGUGGCAGUCUGUGUCUCUUCAUGGUGUUUGGGGUUUGUUGUUUGUUUACUUUUAUUUUUCUUGUAAAACUAUAAACAAAUCAUUUUGAGUGUAUGAAGAGAAUUUGAGAAAUAAGAUUGCUACUAUUUUUACCUAUUUUUCAGGAUUUUUGUGCUUAUUCACUAUCUAUAUCAUACUGCACAAUUUCAAAUCCUGGUUUUUUCCACUCAGCAGUAGAGCAUAAGCCUUUUUUUAUUAUGCUAAAAUCUUCUUAAUACUUUGAUGGGGGAGUGAGUGCGUGAUGGCCACCAAAUUUCCGUUUGGGGUGAGGAAGAUAUUCUAGAAAUACGGUA